UUUUAAUCCUUUCUCCUCUCGAAUCCCUCACCCUUGGGAGUACUUCCAUGGCACCGAGCAUGAUAGACAUCCAAUUGACCACCGUCGCCGGACGCCAGGCGAUCACCGCGAGGGAUGAGGAAGAAGGCGACCUCGAGGACGUCCGCCUCCUCGAUUCCUACGACGAGGAGGCGGCUGACACAAGGGGGGAGGUGGAGAAGGAAGCGAGGCGAAUUCAGGUUAGAGUCACCGGGAUGACUUGCUCCGCCUGCUCCAGCGCUGUGGAGGGCGCGAUCUCAGCUCUACCGGGAGUCGUCCGGGCUACCGUCUCCCUGCUCCAGAACAAGGCCCACGUCGUGUUUGAUCCCAGCCGUGUCAAGGAUGAAGACAUAAGAGAUGCUAUCGAAGAUGCAGGAUUUGAAGCAGAACUCCUUCCGGAAACUAAUAAUAACCAAAGUGGUUCCAGGAAGACCUUCACUGGGCAGUUCAGGAUAGGAGGCAUGAGUUGUUCGAACUGUGUAAACUCUAUCGAAGGUAUCUUGACAAAACUUCCUGGGGUGAAAAGAGCAGUUGUUGCUUUGGCAACUUCAUUAGGAGAAAUUGAAUAUGAUCCAUCAGUUAUUAACAAAGAUGAGAUUGUUUCUGCAAUUGAGGAUGCGGGCUUUGCUGCUUCUUUUCUGCAAAGCAGUGAACAAAAUAAAGUUUUGUUGUUUGUGGAUGGAUUAUCAAGUGAAACAGAUGUUCACAAUAUACAUGGAAUGUUACGGGAUUUGAAAGGGGUGCGGCAAUUUGAGGUAAAUUCUAGCCUUGCAGAAGUGGAAAUUGUCUUUGAUCCAGAAGCUAUUGGUUUGAGAUCUAUUGUCGAGUCCGUUGAGAAAGGAAGCAAUGGUAAGUUUAGGGCAUCUGUGCAAAGCCCUUAUGCACUAGCAACUUCAAAUCAUGUCGAAGAAUCCUCAAAAUUACUUCGGCUUUUCCUCUCGAGUCUGAUUCUCAGUAUUCCUGUCUUCUUCAUACGGAUGGUUUGCCCUCGGAUAGGUUUAUUGAGUUCUUUCUUACUAAUGAAAUGUGGACCUUUUCUGAUUCAAGAUUUAUUGAAAUGGGUACUAGUGAGUAUUAUUCAGUUUGUUAUUGGUAGAAGAUUCUAUAUGGCAGCAUAUAAAGCAGUAAGGCAUUGGUCUACAAACAUGGAUGUUCUGGUUGUACUUGGGACUUCUGCCUCUUAUUUCUAUUCGGUCGGUGCACUGUUUUAUGGUGCAUUUACUGGAUUUCGACCUCCAAUAUAUUUUGAGACAAGUGCUAUGAUUAUUACAUUUGUUUUAUUUGGGAAGUAUUUGGAAGUUGUUGCCAAGGGCAAAACUUCAGAUGCUAUCAAGAAACUGGUUGAACUUGCCCCUGCAACAGCUUUGUUAUUGGUGAAAGAUGAAGAGGCAAGAUAUGUAGGCGAGAGAGAGAUAGAUGCACUCUUGAUUCAACCUGGUGAUAUUUUAAAAGUUCUUCCAGGUUCAAAAAUUCCUUCUGAUGGUAUGGUAGUUUGGGGUACAAGCUAUGCCGAUGAAAGUAUGGUCACUGGUGAAUCUGAACCGGUCUCCAAAGAAGUUUCCUCUUCUGUUGUUGGUGGUACAAUGAACUUAUACGGUGUCCUUCAUAUUCAAGCCACAAGAGUUGGAUCUAAUACAGUUCUGAGUCAGAUCAUUUCUCUGGUGGAGACAGCCCAGAUGUCUAAGGCUCCAAUUCAGAAAUUUGCAGACUAUGUUGCCAGUAUUUUUGUUCCCAUUGUUAUCUCCAUCUCCUUAGUGACAUUCUUUGGAUGGUUUGUUUGUGGAUUGCUAGGAGCAUACCCUGAUUCAUGGGGUGAGGAAAGGAGCAAUUGUUUUGUGUUCUCUCUCAUGUUCUCGAUAUCUGUCGUCGUUAUUGCUUGCCCCUGCGCCCUCGGUCUGGCAACUCCAACAGCAGUCAUGGUAGCUACUGGUGUGGGUGCUUCUCAUGGAGUCCUAAUUAAAGGCGGAGAUGCUUUGGAGAGAGCUCAGAGUGUGAACUACGUGAUCUUCGAUAAAACAGGCACACUCACACAAGGAAAAGCUUCUGUAACUACUGUGAAAGUUUUUUCAGAAAUGGAACUUGGAGAUUUUCUUACUUUGGUUGCAUCUGCAGAGGCUAGCAGUGAGCAUCCUCUUUCAAGGGCAAUCCUAGAUUAUGCGUAUCAUUAUCACUACUUUGAUAAGCUUCCUACAAAUGGUACUACAAAGCAGAGCAGAGAUCAAAUCUUAUCAGAAUGGCUUCUCGAAGCUAUCGACUUUUCUGCUUUGCCUGGGAGAGGGGUGAAGUGCUUCAUCAACGGAAAAAGGGUUCUGGUCGGCAACCGAGCUUUAUUGGCUGAACACAGUGUUACUGUUCCUACAGAAGCUGAAACUUUCUUGGUAGACUUGGAAUUGAAUGCUAAAACAGGCAUUCUUGUGGCCUAUGAUGAUAGUUUCAUUGGAGUCCUAGGAGUUGCUGAUCCCCUAAAAAGAGAAGCAGCAGUUGUCGUUGAAGGCCUAAAAAAGAUGGGUAUCCAUCCAGUCAUGGUAACCGGAGAUAAUUGGAGAACUGCAAAUGCCGUUGCAAAGGAGGUUGGAAUUGAAGAUGUUAGAGCUGAAGUAAUGCCAGCAGGAAAAGCCGAUGUGAUACGCUCGCUUCAAACAGACGGGAGCAUGGUUGCAAUGGUCGGCGAUGGCAUAAAUGACUCCCCUGCACUGGCAGCUGCUGAUGUCGGUAUGGCCAUUGGCGCUGGAACUGACAUUGCAAUUGAAGCUGCAGACUAUGUCUUAGUGAGAAACAGCCUUGAAGACGUGAUCACUGCAAUCGACCUCUCGAGGAAGACCUUUGCUCGGAUACGCUGGAACUACUUCUUUGCGAUGGCAUACAACAUCAUCGCAAUUCCAGUUGCAGCUGGUAUCCUUUUCCCCAUCACCGGGCUACGGAUGCCGCCAUGGCUGGCAGGCGCUUGCAUGGCUUUCUCGUCAGUGAGUGUUGUAUGCUCGUCUUUGCUUCUCAGAAGGUAUCAAAAACCUAGGCUCACCACUGUAUUGCAAAUUACAGUGGAGUAACUACAUCUUGUGCUUUUACUACAAGAAAUUUAGUUCUUUCAAUUGUCAUAGUUUAGGUUUUUGUAAAGAUUGCACCUAAAAAAAGGACCAACCAUAAUGCAAUUAGCCAGGGAUGGUCUGCUUGUUCAUAGAAAUCAUCUCCCUUCGGAAAGGGUAAUUGCUAAAAUGCACUCAUCCAA